UGCGUCCUGCUGGGCCCGGUCCUGUUGCUGCUCUGGGUGUCUGUGGCUUGGGCCGAGGUCCUGGUGCAGCCAGAUUUUGAUGCCAAGAAGUUCUCAGGCCUCUGGUACGUGGCCUCCGUGGUCUCUGACUGCAAGGUCUUCCUGGGCAAGAAGGACCACCUGCUGAUGUCCACCAGGUCCAUCAAGGCCUUGGCAGGUGGCAACCUCAGUGUCCACAUGGAGUUCCCUUGGGCUGACGGCUGUCACCAGGUGGAUGCCGAGUACCUAAGAGUGGGCUCUGAGGGCCACUUCAGAGUCCCAGCCCUGGGCUACCUGGACGUGCGCGUCGUGGACACGGACUCCAGCUCCUUCGCCUUGGUCUGUAUCUACAAGGAGCUGGAGGGAGCGCUCAGCACCGCGGUGAAGCUCUACA